AUGAAAAAUAUUGGUCUUGUACUUGAUAUUCAAGCUAAUAAAAUGUGGUUACGUUCACAACCUGAUAUUACCUAUUCAAUUUCAUCUGAUCUUACCAAUAUGGAUCGUAUUGAUAUACCUCUUCUUUCUACCCAAUUACGAACUAUUCCACCAUUUCACAUCGCUUUCAUUCAAGUUCACACACCUUCUUCUAUUUCUUCUGAAGCUUGGCAAGCAUCAGUUACUGGUGUUCGUCGACAUGUUGUUGCUGCUAAUUCCUUAGUUCGCAUUAAAAAUCAAUGUUGUCUUAUUCAAGUUGCCAAUUGUUCAUCAAAAGCUCAAGUAAUUUAUCCCGGUCAACAUUUAGCUGUAGCUGAUUUAUAUGAUGAUGACAUUAAUAAUGAUACAUCAACAUUAUCUUGUUAUAAUUCUUCUACAAACAUGUUUAUUACUAUUCCCAGUGAUCGUGAUAAUAAAAAUAUUGUUCAAUUUAAUUUUAAUGAUACAUCAAACUUAUCUGAUGAUAAAUUAUUUGAUAGUACUUUGCCUAUUAUUCAACCUUCAACUAUCUAUUCUCUUCAUUCAAAUGUUACUUCUGAUGCAUCACCACUUAGUGAUCAUGAUCAUUCAUCAAAAAUUGAUUCAGUUGAUUUUUUAACUGACUUAGAUCUUACAGAUACUGACAUUACUUUAUCUCAAGCUGAACAACUUAAAUCUGUUCUUGCUAAAUAUCAUAAAUGCUUUGAUGAUAAACAGGGAUGUACUUCUCUUGUUCAACAUCAUAUUGAUACUGGUAAUACUAAACCAAUCAAAUUACGACCUUAUCGUGUUUCACCUCACCGUAAAGAAAUAAUAUCUAAUGAAAUUAUAAAAAUGUUAAAUGCCGGUAUUAUUGAACCAUGUAGUGGUCCCUAUGCUGCACCUAUUACAUUACAACCGAAGAAAGAUGGUUCCUUAAGAUUUUGUAUUGAUUAUAGAGAACUUAAUGCUGUUACUCUACGUGAUGUUUAUCCAAUACCUCGAAUUGACGAUACACUUGAUCAAUUACAAUAUGUAAAAUAUUUUUCAUCUAUGGAUCUUCGUUCCGGUUUUUGGCAAAUUGCACUUGAUCCAGAUAGUCGUGACAAAACAGCAUUUAUCUCUCAUGCCGGUUUAUUUCGAUUUCGUGUUAUGCCAUUUGGUUUAAAUAAUGCUCCAGCUACCUUUCAACGUCUAAUGGAUUUAGUAUUAGGUGGAUUAAAGUGGUCUUGUGCAUUAGUUUAUCUUGAUGAUAUCAUUGUUUAUUCAUCUUCAUUUGAAGAUCAUUUAAAUCAUCUCGAACUCGUUCUUCAACAACUACACAAUAGUGGUUUAACAUUAAAAAUUAAUAAAUGUCAUUUUUGCAAGACUCAUCUCAAAUACCUCGGUCAUAUAGUUUCAAAAGAAGGUAUUCAACCAGACCCUGAUCAACUUCGUGCUGUUCGUGAAUAUCCUGUUCCGACGAAAUUAAAAGCCGUUCGUUCUUUUCUCGGUCUUACAAGUUAUUAUCGUCGUUUUAUCAAAAACUAUGCUACAAUUGCUGAACCUUUACUAGCACUUACUCGUAAUUCUGAUUCAAAAUCAUUUCAAUGGACUCAAGCCUGUCAAGAUGCAUUUGAAUUAUUACGACAACGUCUGAUUGAAGCUCCAAUUAUUUCUUAUCCUCGAUUCAAUCAACCUUUUAUACUACAAUUAGAUGCUUCUGAUGUCGGUAUUUCUGCUAUUCUUGCUCAAAAAUUAGUUGAUAAUGAUAAUGUUACUCGUGAACAUGUUAUUGGUUAUGCUAGUCGUACAUUAUCACCAACUGAACGAAAAUAUAAUGCAACCGAACGUGAAUGUUUAGCUAUUAUUUAUGGGUGUAAUUAUUAUCGACCAUAUCUUGAAGGUACUAGGUUCACUGCUGUCACUGAUCAUAAAGCUCUUAAAUGGCUUCAUUCAACUAAAGAUCUUAAUACUCGGUUAGCACGUUGGGCAAUUCAAAUUGCUGCUUAUGAUAUUGAUAUUCAACAUCGACCUGGUAGUGAGAACGGUCCACCCGAUACAUUAUCUCGUUAUCCUAUUAAUGUUACUGCUGAUGAUGAUAUUGAAUCUUCAUCUAUUAUUUGUCCAAUUUCAUCUAAUUUUCAUGAUACAAAUUACAAUGGUUUUUUAUCUUCUAUUCCAUCUAAUCCUGGCUCAUUAUUAUUACUUGAUUAUUCUCGACAAAAUUCAUUACCACCAAAUUCAUUAUCAAUUCCAUUAUCUUUACCAUCUAUUACUGGUUCACCAUCUCAUUCAACUAUAGCUAAUCUUCAUUUUGCUGACAAUAUUAAUUUUUAUGAACAAAUUCGUGCUGCUCAAUGGAAUGAUUCUUCUCUUUUACCAUUACUGAAUUUUCUUCAACAUCAAAUUAUACCAACAGUUGAUAAUAUUAAUAAAUUCUACGGUUUAGCACGUUUACAUCGAGUGAUUGAUGGUGCUCUUUAUCGCACAUUUCGUACUCAUUCAUCAUCUCAAGGUCAAGAAUCUAUUAUACCAUUAUCAUCUGAACGUAUACUUCUCGUUAUUCCUGCUUCAGAAGUACUUCGUGUUAUGCAACUUGCUCAUGAUCAUGCUACAGCUGCUCAUCUCGGCCGUCGCAAAACCUUAUCUCGAUUACUCUCACGUGUUUAUUGGCCUCAUAUGCGUCGUGAUGUUGCUAAUUAUGUACGAUCAUGUAUAUUAUGUCAACAAUACAAGCCAACUAAUCAAAAACCAGGUGGUCUCAUGAAACCGAUUAUUGUUUUAGAACCGUGGCACGCCGUCGGUAUUGAUAUUACUGGUCCACUACCUAAAACUCGUCGCGGUAAUCGUUUUAUCCUCGUGGUGGUCGAUUAUUUUACAAAAUGGGUAGAACUUUUUCCACUUAAUCUAUUAAAGCAAGUAUUAUAG